CUGAAUUGCAUCACGAUGCGUGUGUAUUUCUGCACUAAUCAGCGUGUCCAGUCCAGCGUCACGGUCUACAUGAAGAACCUGGCCGCAGCUGACUUCUUCCUUUGUCUUAGUUUAACUUUGCACAUUGCUAACAAUGCUAACUAUUCCGUGACGAUAAAAAAUAUUUACUGCAGCUUUGGAGCAACAGCCUUCUAUAUAAACAUGUAUGCAAGUAUUCUCUUCAUGGACUUUAUUGCUGCAAACAGGUACCUGAAGAUUGUCCGGCCACUGGAGACUCAUUCUCUUCAGACGGUUCGUACCGCCCGCCACAUUUCUGCAGCUACUUGGCUCUCGCUGUUAGCCACAUCUUCCAUCUAUCUGAUUCUCUUUCUCCAGACAGCCCGGGGUCAAAAGCUUGGUGAAUUUACUUGUGAAUCCCACCACAGUCUCGAGCUCAGUGUGGCCAACAAAAUCAUCCACUGUGCUUCCGUUGUAGUCUUCAUGUUUGUGCUGAUGUCUCUGGUUUUUCUAUAUUGGAAGACUCUGCAAAAGAUCCGACAAGCCAAGUUGUCCACACAGACCACAUCUAGUAGCCGUAAGUUUGACAAGUCUAAACGCAACAUGGUAGUUCUAGUGGUAGUCUUCUGCGUGUGCUUUGUGCCCUAUCAUCUGGCGAGACUGCCUUACGUGUUCAGCAGUGACUGUGCAACAGCUCAAGCAUUAAACAUCCUGAAGGAGCUGACCAUCUUGAUUUCAGUGCUAAAUGUCUGUUUCGAUCCUCUUAUAUACUUCAUCUUCUGCAAGGCCUUUAGAGCCCAGCUCAAGAAGAAAGAUUUUCAAAGAUCCAGUGAAGAUCAAACAUGA